AUGGAAACAGCAGCGAAAAAAUCCAUGAUUUCCGGCAAUACAAGUGAAGGGAUUGAUAGAAUAAGCUCAUUACCAGAUGAGCCCAAUAGUGGAAGGAGGAUUUUUUAUACGCCGCCUAAGGAAAAUUUCAAAGACUUUAUCAAUUGGGUCCUAAUUUCCCAAAGGGAGACUAAGCUUGCCAAGUUUCUACUCUGUGUUGCUCCAGAUGAUUACUUUGAUAAGAUGGAGGUUUUGUGGUGGAUUCAUGCAGCAACGAGGCGAAAUGUUCAAGAAAUUGUGUUAGAAUUUACUCUUUCUGAAAUUGCUCAUGUUGAGUUAUCGGACAAACAUUCCCCAAAUUGCUUCAUCUCAAAAUGUCAUCAACUCAAAAGUUUGAUCUUACAUGAAUGUGGUUUAGGAGCUAUGACACUACUUUCUAUUGAUUCCAUAUCUCUUAGUUCUGUUACUAUUAUAGCGGACUAUUAUCAAUUGGAUGAGUAUGGCAAAUGCAAACUCAAAAUUUCUUGCCCCAAUCUCAAGUUUUUAAAUUAUGAAGCUCCAAUUCCAAAGGAUAUAAUAAUCGAGAAUCUGCUUUCAAUUGAAGAUGUUAGUAUUGUCGUCACCAUUAUACAAGACACUGAGAUAUUUGUGCAUAAGAUGAUCAAGGAAGUUUCUUCUACAUCAGCUUUGACACUAUGCAAUUAUUCUAUUUUGGGUAUGUAUAAAGCAACUAGCAAAGGAAGCCUCUCCCUUGUCUCCUUUUAUAAGUUGAAGACCUUAAAACUGUAUGCGAGAGUUGAUGGUGAUUUUAUGCAAGCUAUGAUAUUAUUGCUCAAGUAUUCUCCUAAUCUGGAGGUUCUACAGUUGUGGUGUCUUCAGUAUAAUGGAGGGAGCCGGAUGCAUGAUCUUGAUGAAAGCGUGGGGUGCUUGGAAUCUCAUCUAAAGUCAAUUCAUUUGACUAAUUUCAAUGGUGAAGAAAACGAGAUAAAACUACUAAAGUUUUUUCUGAAGAAUGCACGAGUGUUGGAAAAACUGACUAUUUUCUGGGUGGAGUAUCCUGAUAAAUCAGAAGAGGCAUUAGAGGAGGUUUUAAAGUUUCCUAGAACUUCUUCAGAGGUUGUUCUGACAUUUCUCGAUGCCAAGCCCCAACCAAGUUCUCGUAAAUGGUACGAUAGAUAAUUCAAAAUUACUCUACCUAGGAGAUGGUUA